GUGAAGGGAUAGAGUCUCUUCGGCGGGAUCGGUGGUUGGAGGCGCCUGUGUGCCAGCAAGAAGCUGUGAAAGAAACCCCAGGCAGGCUUCGCGAGCAGGAGGGACUGAGCAGCGAGCGGAGGAGCAGAAAACGGCUUGCUCUAAGGACCUGCGGCGACGUGCAUCUCCACUGGGUUCACAAUGAAAGCCUUCCAACUCAGCAUGCCCCUGGCUUUUCUUGUGCUCCCAUUCUUUGUGCUUGGGGCUCCCAGUGAGGAGCUUGGCCGGCAAGAAGUCCCUACCAGCUUGAGUGGUUGCAAGAGAUGUUGUGAUUCUCUAGAUGUCCCUGGGACCUCCGAAGGUGGAGACAGACCUCAAGCGUUGCCAUUCGUAAUGCCAGAAGUUCGUCCAUAUAUCAACAUCACAAUUCUGAAAGGAGAAAAAGGAGAUCAAGGAGAGUCUGGAGUUCCUGGGAAAUGGGGCAAAGAGGGACCCCCUGGUGAUCAGGGACCCCAGGGUCCAAAGGGCAGCAAGGGACAAAUGGGGGCACCUGGAGAUCCCUGCAAGCACCAGUAUGCAGCUUUCUCAGUGGGCAGGAAGAAGGCUCUUCACAGUAAUGAAGGCUACCAGGCUUUGAUCUUUGACACUGUCUUUGUGAACCUCUAUAGCCACUUUGACAUGUUUAAGGGUAAGUUCUACUGCUACGUGGCAGGCCUGUAUUUUUUCAGUCUCAAUGUCCACACCUGGAAUUUCAAGGAGACCUACAUGCACGUCAUGCGGAAUGACCAAGAGGAAGUCAUUCUCUAUGCUCAGCCCAGUGACCGCAGCAUCAUGCAAAGCCAGAGUUUGAUGCUGGAGCUGCGGGAGAACGAUGAGGUUUGGGUGCGCCUCUACAAGCGACAGCGUGACAAUGCCAUCUACAGUGACGAUGUGGAUGUCUACAUCACUUUCAGUGGUUAUUUGAUCAAGCCCAGUCUUGAAUAGUUGUUUCCAUCCAAAGCACAAAUUCAACCUCUAAACAUCCUCUUGAUUUCCUGUGAACGUCUGCAAAUAGUACAGAAUAUGACCAACAGAUCUGAAAACAGAGAGAGAGCACUGAAGAAAACUUUUUUUUUUCUUUUGAAAAUGCCAACUGAAAAAAAAAUAUUCAUGGAUCAAAAAACAUUCCAGAAAAGUCUUGCUGGUUUAUGUGUCCUUCUCAACACUAGAUCUGAUUGUAACGUAUGGACUGGGAAUCCUAAGCAGCCUCAUAAAAUCUCUGCUAACUCAGAAUCAUUUUGUAAACAUCUUUGUUUGGACAUAACACUUCCUAAGCAGAAUGUUCUAAUUUAGAUUGUUUACAUGAAGUAAACUCUUUGAGGUAUCUCAAGUGAGAUAAGCUACCAUAUCUUAUCUACAAAUCUACAAACCAAAUGUAGAUCAACCAAAAUAUGUUAUUUUGGCAUUUCAAGUGCCUGACAGCCCUCUUCUUUUUGCUAAGAAUUCCUGGUGGGAAGCCUUGUAUGACUGAUAGUUGCCAUCACCUUCACAAAAUUUACAUUUGUAAAUGUUCUAUAGGGUUAGUAAAUGUAAUUCUACAUCUGUGUAAUGGACAUGUGCAUUUGUGCAUCAGUGCAAUGGACAUGUAAUACACUGUAUAACACUGCAGGGAUCUUUUCCAUCACUAUGUUAAACAUAUGCAGGAUUAGGAUUUAACCCAGGGUGGCAAAAGAGUAGAAAUAAUGCUUCCAACUUAUCCC